AAAUCAUAUACAAUAGUUUUUGAAGCCAGCACAUAAUAAUUUGUUGUCACAUUCCCUACCAACCAUUUUGGCUAGCUACUUCAACUAAGAUGAACUGGUAAUUUCUUGCCAGUUGAGUUUGCUCAAAUUAAAUAUCCUACAAAGUAUGGGUAACUUUUUUCUGGUUCUAUAAUAGUUCUUUAGUAUUCUGGGGAUAUGUCAUCACUAGAACGGUAUAUGUUACUUAUAUAGCGACGGCAUAUGAUUUCUUUGUAUGGAUGUUGAUGGAAUGAUGCACCCACCUGUACCAAGGGUAUACUCCGACGCGGCACCAGUGAAGAUGUGAUGAAGUCAGUGCAGUAGACCCAUCGUGGCUUAUCUUAUUAAUAUUAUAAAUGCGAAAGAUUGUAACUAUGGAUGGAUGUUUGUUACUCUUUACGCAAAAUAUACUGAACGGUUUUUGAUGAAAUUGUUUUUGAUGAAAUUUUACAGUAAUAUAGCUUAUACAUUAGAAUAACAUAUAGUUUAUAAAAUUCACGCACAAAUAGCGUGCACAGCUAGUUCAUUAUAAAUUAGCCACGAUGGUUUCUAGGGGGACUGCAUGGAGAUUGACCCGUUUCACUGCCAUUACUAAUGAUAUAUCUCGGGAUCACAUGUGUUGACCACAACAUGAAGAUAUAUAUAUUUAAUAUUUGCAAGUUGUUUUCAUUAUAACAACUAUAUAAUCAUUACAUUAGUUGCAAAAUAGAUAGUUUAGCUAUCAAGAUUAUACUACUACAUUUUAAUGUUGGUACUUAUAUAACUACAUGAGCCCACCUAAUAAAAUACUUUAUUAAAAAUUUGAAAUACUUUAAAUACCAGGCCAUAAAUUUAGCAGUUUAGCUUUUAUUUAACACUUUUAAAGUCUAAUUUCUAAAAAUUAAAAUGACUGAGUCAAUUCAAUAUUAUACUAGGUGUGCAAUAUUAUAAUUAAUAUGAAGCUAUACAUAUUUAUAUUCUAAUAUAGAGCAUAAUAUGGAAUACGUAUAAUUAGUAAAAAUCACAAGAUCUCACCACGUUUGAGUUAUCCAGGGAACUUAAUGAAAAUAAAACGUGCGAAAUGAAGUUAUUUGUUACAAACAAUAGUAUAUUUAGUACUUAUAUCGAUACUGUCCAAUUCUCUGAGAAUAACUCCUGAGAUUGUUCGGAGGCGGGAGCGGGUGAUGGCGCUCCCACAGAUGAGGCUUCACCUGAAGAGGGCGCGCCUCCUGCCGAAGGAGCUCCUCCUAGUGAGGGCGCUCCUCCCGCAGAAGGAGCGCCAGUGGAAGGGGCUCCAGCCGCACCAGCAGAGGGCGCCCCAGCGGCGCCAACAGAAGGCGCUCCAGCGGCACCAGCUGAGGGCGCUCCAGCGGCACCUCCAGCAGAAGGUGCAGCACCUCCUGCCGAAGGGGCGCCACCAGUUGAGGGUGCACCGGCGGCGCCUGCAGCUGCUCCUCCCGCAGACGGUGCGCCAGCACCCGUACCAGCUGCUCCCGCGGAAGGGGAUCCAGCGGCGGCACCUGCUCCUGCUGCCCCAGAAGCAGCACCAGCGCCUGAUGCAGCAGCGGCGCCUGCUCCUCCUGCAGAAGCACCAGCGUCUACACCGGCACCAGAGCCUGCGCCCGCGCCGGCAGCGGAACCCGCAGCGCCGGCAGAUCCACCACCAGUUGAAGCAUCCGCAUAAUCCAGGUGUACAAUUUGAAAAUUCAUCAUGCUCAAGAAAUCGACAUUGUUGCCGCCUCGCUCUGGACAUGUGGUCAAACUUAAUCAUUUUGUACUAUUUCUAUAUUAAUUAGGAGAUUCCACGUAUUAUGUAAAUUUUGUAUUAUGAUCAUAAAAUAAAUAUUUAUUGCAUUUUUUUA